UCCUAUAAAAAGCCGCCGCUCGGUCGCAGAGCAGCUCAGACUUUUCCCUCCGCUCAGCUGCGCCUUUUUUUGCACACCGAGAUGCGCAUUAUGGAGCGCACCUUCCGAGAGCAGCUCUUCUUUCUGGUGCUGUGCCUGUCUGUCCUCAAGGGAGACUCCAGAUAUAUCGAGAACAACGAGAUCUCCAAAGAUGAAUUAUUUUCAUUUUUAAACUCGCAGCUCAAGAGAGAAAUACCUGAGGAGUUAAUGUACCGUCGACCUUUGCGUUGUCUGGACAUGGUUGCAGUGGAGGGUCAGUUCACCUUCACGGCCGAGCGUCCUCAGCUCAGCUGUGCUGCCUUCUUCAUGGCAGAGCCCAACGAGGUGAUCACUGUGGAUUAUGACAGCGUUGACAUCGACUGCAGGGGAGGAGACUUCAUCACGGUGUUUGACGGCUGGGUGAUGAAGGGAGAGAAGUUCCCCAGCUCCCAGGAUCACCCGCUGCCCCCGCACGAGCGCUACGUGGAUUACUGCGACUCGGGAUCGGUGAGGAGAAGCGUGCGCUCCUCUCAGAACGUGGCCAUGAUCUUCUUCCGAAUUCACAACGCUGGCAGCAGCUUCACCCUGACGCUCAGGAAACACAUCGACCCUUUCCCCUGUAAUGUCAUCUCUCAGUCACCAGAGGGCAGUUACACAAUGGUGAGCCCGCAGCAGCACAGGAACUGCAGCUUCUCCAUCAUAUAUCCAGUGGAGAUCGACAUCUCCGAGUUCAGCCUGGGACACUUCAACAACUUCCCCAAGAGGUCCACGCCUGGUUGCGGAGAAUCGGGAGAUUACGUGCAGCUUCUGGGAGGAAAUGGCAUCGACACAUCGAAGCUGCUGCCCAUCACGGACCUCUGCAUCUCUUUUAUUGGACCCACACACAUGAAGAUCGGCUGCGACAACACGGUGGUGAGGAUGGUGUCCAGCGGGAAGUUUGUCAGCCGAGUGUCUUUCAGCUACAGGCUGCUGGACAGCCAGGAGCUGCAGACCAUCAAACUCAACAACGUGGAAGAUUUCUGUUUCAAUAACUGAUCCCGACAGGAUCAUAAAGUGACAAAUGUAUCAUUUGACUGCAAACAUUUUUUAAAUUAUUUUACUAAAAACAAGAGGUCCAGCUGCUCUCAUUAGAUGAAAUGUCUUAAAUCCAAAGACAUAAACAUAAAAGUGAAUAAAAAAUAGGUGAUAUUAUAUUGGAUUGCACCAACAGGCUCUAGAAUCUAUCGGACUUUCAAUUCGUUUUUAUUUUUAUUGUCUUUUUUUUUCACUCUUUCUGGUUGCUGAAUAAAGUUUAGUGUCAUUUUGUGUUUGGUGGAACUGCUAUUGUUUUUUAUUUUUGCUUUGUGUACAAUAUAUUUAUUGAGACGAGGGACUUAUGAUAUUGUUAUUAAGUUGUAUAUGGGUUCAUGGCCAACAUUCUUGAAAAGGAAUGGUGCUAAAAUGAAUGUUACCUUCUGUUUGUUUUUUGUUUUUUGCUGAACGAUGCCGAGUCAUUUCCUGUCACGGACCACGUAGAUGGCAAUAUCAGAAGUGUUCAUUAUGAUAAAUACAAGUGUUCAUUGCCAUUAUGCAGUUCAAUUUGUAUAAAACCUUUUUGUAAUAAAACUAUACCGCAUGACAAAGCA